UCACUGAGGGGAGGUUUUCAUCCAUCUCUCCUUUUGUUGUCUCGCCUUCUGGCGAUGAGAAUGAAGGGAAACCUGCCACAUCCACAAGAUCAUCACUUCGAAAGCAGAACUACGAAGUUCAAUUGGCCUUGGUUGCGGAAUGAUCAAGAGGGUGAAUUGAAUCAUCCCUGUAAUGGGCCGUGUUCAUCAUCUGUAACGUUGUCCGCACGAGCAGCAGUACUGUGAAUAUGAUAGAUGUGGAACCUGAUAGCUUGGAUUAUGAGAUAUUGUGGGAAGACUUGACAAUUGGAGAAUGAAUCGGACAAGGGUCUUGUGGGAACUGUAUAUCAUGCCCUGUGGUAUGGAUCAGUAUCCCCUUGCGAAAAGACUUCGCCAUCCAAAUGUUCUGCUCUUUAUGGGUGCCAUGUCCUCACCUCAGCGUUUCUGUAUCAUUACAGAGUUCCUACUCCGGGGAAGUUUGUUUCAGUUACUCCAACGAAACACAGCAAAACUAGAGUGGAGAUGGAGAGUGACCAUGGCAUUGGAUAUUGGAAUCAUGCGGUAUGAACUAUCUUUAUCAUUUCAACCCUCCUAUUGUCCAUCGUGAUUAGAAGUCUAGAUAGUCGAGAGCUGCUGGCUCAGGCAAAUGCUUCAGGCACAGGAUAAUCGAGAGCUGCUGGCUCAGUGGCUCGGAUAUCACCAGGCCAUUAGUAAGUCGGUUAUGGGGCUCGUUCGUCUGAAAAGCGACAGGCGAGACCUCCCUCCAGCGAUUGAGACGUGCUAGUGAUAAUGGAAGUUAGACGUACCAAGUCGUAAGGAGGAGAGAAGCGAAUGAGGGAGUUAUGUCGCUAUAAAACGGCUACAUUUCAACCUACAAGUCACAAGUUGGAAUUCUGAGGGGAUGUUCCAACCUUGUGAGCCAUGGUGACCCAGCCAGGCGCCCCCACUUUUCCAAGAACUCCUGGAAAAGCUGAGAGCACGCCAGAGACAGUACACCAUUCAGCUCCAGGCUGCCCGUUCUUCCUCCGCUCCGCAGCAGCUGGAGAGCAUCACAAUUCACACCACCAUCCUCCAACAAGGAAAGCUAGCCAUAAUAAAUUUAAGGAAAGGUCCACCCUCACCCCCAUACUCCUGAUGUAGAGCCACGUAGUGACAGAACAAUCAACACAGUCAAUGUUGCUGACGGGGGCAGAAUGCAGGAGGAGGGUUUUUUCUUAGGGCAGCAGCUGUGAACAGAUUUGAGGCCAAUCCGCCAUUUUUCCAACAACAUCGCGGCUCAGCGCAUAGCUGUUCUACGAUCUCUGCUUCGUUCUCCAUUCCUUCCCUUCAUGGAUACGCCCAGGCCGCCGGCGGAAGAACUACUCCGUAAGAUACAGAAGCUGGAAGCCGGACAAGCUGAGCUUCAUAAAGAGAUGAUGAGGCUUUCUAAGCUCUCCUCCGAUCGGAAAUCUGGUGAACAGCACCACCACGACCACCAUUAUCACCAUCCUCCUCCUCUCUCUCGGUCCAUCUCGCCUCAGCGUCGUCAAGGGACUGAACGGAGCUUCGAGACUGGUCCCGACAUGGAGAAGAAGACCUCUCCGCCGCCGGUUAGGCAUUCUUCUCCUUUACGACGAGAUUCUCGCCGUACGAACAGCGGUUCCGGUAAUCGUGGUGGUGGCGGCGGGAGGAGUGCAGGUCCGUCUGCUGUUAAGUUUAGCGAUGAGCAGUACUUGAACAUCUUGCAGUCUAUGGGGCAGGCUGUUCAUGUCUUUGAUCUCUCCGGCAAUCUUAUCUACUGGAAUCGAGGUGCUGAAAACUUGUAUGGUUAUUCUGCCGCGGAGGCUCUUGGUCGAAACCUCAUUGAGCUGCUUGUAGAUCCCAAGGAUACAACGAUCGCCCAAGACAUUGUUAAUCGCCAACUCCAGGGCGAGAACUGGGCAGGACAGUUCCCAGUGAAGACCAAGAUCGGCGGUAUGAUUACAGUUGUGGCGACAAAUACAUUUUUGUACGAUGACGACGGUGCUUUGAGUGGGCUUUUAUGCGUCUCUACAGAUGCAAGGCCAUUCCACGAAGUGCGGAUUGAUUUCUCUAGUCCCGUUGAUACAGAAGCCGGUUCGAGUUCCUCCAACAUUGGUGGCGAUAGAGCCUGCAGCAGUGUCACUGCUAAGCUUGGUCUCGACCCCUCACUGCCUCUGCAAGAAGCACUCAAAUCAAAGAUAUCUAACUUGGCAACCAAAGUGAGCAACAAGGUGAAGUCUAAGAUUCGAACCGGAGAGAGAAACAACCUCGAUGAUGAUCGCGUAGGUGGUAGUGGAAAUAGUCAUCAUUCUGAUGCAAACACCGCCGAUGCUAGCACGCCUAGGAGGGAAGAUUUUCAGCCAUCUCCUUUCGUUGUCUCGCCUCCUGGCGAUGAAAGGGAAGGGAAGCCGGCAAUUCGCAAGAUCAUCACUUCGAAAGCAGAAGCGUGGAUGGGUAAAAAGGGGUUGUCAUGGCCAUGGAAAGGGAACGAGAGGGAAGUUUCCGAGGAAAGAGCUAGCAAAUUCAUUUGGCCUUGGUUGCAGAAUGAUCAAGAGGGCGAAAUGAAUUAUCCCUCUUGUGGGUCGUGGACAUCUUCUGCAAAUGUUAACAGCACGAGCAGUGUUAGCAGUUGUGGUAGCACGAGCAGCAGUACUGAAAAGAAUAGGUUAGAUGUGGAAACUGAUAGCUUGCAUUAUGACAUACUGUGGGAAGACUUGACUAUUGGAGAACAAAUCGGACAAGGGUCUUGUGGGACAGUAUGUCAUGCCCUGUGGUGUGCAUCAGAUGUUGCGGUCAAGGUAUUUGCCAAGCAAGAGUAUUCCGAGGAUGUGAUACUUUCAUUUAGACAAGAGGUAUCCCUUAUGAAAAGACUUCGCCAUCCAAAUGUCCUGCUCUUUAUGGGUGCUGUGACCUCACCUCAGCAUCUUUGUAUUGUUACAGAGUUUCUACCCCGAGGAAGUUUGUUCCAGUUACUCCAACGGAAUGCAACAAAACUAGAGUGGAGACGGAAAGUGCACAUGGCAUUGGAUAUUGCGCGGGGUAUGAACUAUCUUCAUCAUUUCAACCCUCCUAUAGUUCAUCGUGACUUGAAGUCUUCUAAUCUUCUGGUUGAUAGAAAUUGGACGGUGAAGGUUGGUGAUUUCGGGUUGUCGCGUUUAAAGCAUGAAACAUUUCUAGUAACCAAGUCCGGAAAGGGCACGCCUCAAUGGAUGGCCCCAGAAGUUCUCCGCAAUGAACGUUCCGACGAGAAGUCUGACAUCUACAGCUUCGGAGUAAUACUGUGGGAACUUGCGACGGAGAAGAUUCCUUGGGAUAAUCUCAACUCAACGCAGAUAAUUGGUGCUGUGGGAUUCAUGAGCCAAAGGCUAGAAAUACCAAAACACGUCGAUCCUCGUUGGGCAUCUAUAAUGGAGAGCUGCUGGCUCAGGUACUUCAUUAUUUCUCAUCUUGAAUCUUUCUUUCCUUUCUGCAGAAUUCGGUUCCAUCGGAUUACCACCUGGGAAAGAAAUUUUGUAAUACAGUAUUCCAGUUAUAGGAUUUAUCCCAAGUCCCCAGCCAUGAAUGUGUCAGGUUUUAGGGCUAUUGUUAUCUAUUGACAUGAUUGAUGAGGGUUACGGCCCCUCAGUUUAGCUGUAAAAUAGACAACCAGAAAACAAGAGAUUGUUUUUCAUUUCCCAAAAUCUUUCUGAGAUCGAAGUUGAUAUCUUGCGUUUGAUUAUUAAGUAAUAAAGAAUACCUUGUGGAAUCAAUCCUUUGGUGAGGCUAAUCUUUUUAUUGAUUGGUAUUUACUAUCUUAGUAACAAUGGAAGGUAAACGUCCUGAGUGUGAGUGGUAGGGUGGGCAUCAGGUCCGGUCUAGAUUCGGAAAUCAAGGAACCAUCAGUUUGAUCAACCCCAGUUCUCCGCUCCUGUAAUCAUGGGAUCGGCUAAGCCGUUAGAAUAUGUUAUUUUUUCUUUGUAAACUGCAGUGACCCAGCCAGCCGCCCGACGUUCCAAGAACUACUGAAAAAGCUGAGGGACAUUCAGAAACAGUAUACCCUUCAGCUCCAGGUUGCCCGUUCUACUGCAGUCGCUUCUGGUGAGCACAUCGCCCUCACCUCCCACAAGGAAAGCUAGCAAAUCCCAUGCAGAGCAGCCAAACGAAACCCCUCGCCAAGUCGCAGAACUUUUCUCUAUGGAUCCACCCCUGAUCUGAUUGCUGGGGAUCAUGUGGGUUUGUAGUGCCACGCAGCAACAGAACAAACAAGAGGUUAGUGUUGCUGCGGCUGACGGUCGAGAGCAGGGCAGAAAAGCAGAAGGAUGGAGAUUACGAUGGAGCAAGUUGAUGGCAGCCAUGUGAGAUUACGAUGGAGGGAGAGUUUUGCACUUUCUGAUGGCGGUCUGAGUUGGUUUGUGUUUUGUAUAUGUUUUACAAAUGGAAAAGGAGAAGGGAAUGGUGGU